UCUCUCUCUGCCAGGUUACACCACCUUUUCUCUCAUAGAUACCACAGCAAUGUCUGCUCGUAGUACACGUCCCAAAUUGGGAAAUAUUAACAAACAGAAUCGAAAACUGAUUUUACUUCUGCGUUAAAAUGGAGUCCGAGCUGAAAGCACAACCUUUUGCGCAUCACGAACCGGGCUCCCACCCGCUCCUUGAACCCGAACCGGAAAUUUUCCAGCUCCCGAAUCCUGAGACGAACCAAACCGCACAGGAGAUGGAUAGUAAAUACGCUCCUUUCGUUCGGUACGACGUUUACGGGCCAAUGGGCCGCGGAGAGUUGCCGUGCGUCGAGAAAUUUCUGCUCCUGAUGGCCCUAAUGUUUCUUGUGCCGAUGCGAGUCAUGGCGGGUUUAGUUAUCAUGGCUGUUUAUUACGUGAUUUGCAGGGUUUGCACCGCUUUUCUGGCUCCGAACACAAAGGAGGAUGAGCAGGAGGAUUAUGCCCAUAUGGGGGGAUGGCGGAGGGCGGUGAUUAUGGGGACCGGUAGAUUUUUGUCCAGGCUUAUGCUAUUUGUUUUGGGGUUCUAUUGGAUUUCUGAAACUAAGAUUGGUGGAGAGUUGAGCAGUGAGGAUCAAUAUGAAGAGGCAGGAGGACCUGGCGUUAUUGUAUCCAAUCAUGUAUCUUAUAUAGAUAUACUUUAUCACAUGUCGUCCUCUUUCCCAAGCUUUGUUGCCAAGAGAUCAGUGUCCAAACUUCCUAUUGUUGGUCUUGUAAGCAAGUGCCUUGGAUGUGUCUAUGUUCAGCGUGAGUUGAAAUCAUCAGACACAAAAGGGGUCUCAGCUGUUAUCAGUGAUAGAAUUCAAGAAGCUCAUCAGAAUAAGUCUGCGCCUAAGAUGAUGAUAUUCCCAGGUGAAGGCACAACCACAAAUGGUGACUUCCUCCUUCCAUUCAAGACAGGUGCAUUUUUGGCACAGAGUCCAGUACUUCCCAUCAUUUUAAGAUAUCCUUUCCAAAGGUUUAGUCCAGCAUGGGAAUCUAUUUCUGGGGCUCGCCAUGUGAUUCUUCUUCUCUGUCAGUUUGCAAAUUACAUUGAAGUAACUAAAUUACCUGUUUACUAUCCCUCAGAACAAGAGAAAGCAGAUCCCAAGCUUUACGCUGAAAAUGUCAGGAGGCUGAUAGCUCGUGAGGCCAAUUUGAUUCUUUCAGAUGUUGGACUGGCAGAGAAAAGAGUCUAUCUUCAAGCUCUCAAUGGUUUACUGUGUGAUGGAUAAUAUGGCUUCCCCGUGUAUGUACUAUACAUUGUGUGUGUGUAUGUAUGUAUGUAUAUUUUUGUUGUACCACAAAAAUACAAAUAAUACCUGAUAGAUAUGCUGGAUGAAUUCAUACAAAUCCUGAAGCAGUUUCAUUUGCAGCUUCAGUUUCAUCAUUAUUUUGCUAUUUGUUUGGAUCAUUUAUGUCUACAAAACACAUGUUUUUAG